AUGCUGGCCACAACUUUGAUAAUAUGUGUUGCAGGUCUUUACGGUUCUUUCAUUACUUGGUCUAUUUUACAAGAAAAGAUUAAUACCACUCCUUACGGUGAUAAUGAAUUUUUCAAGGCUCCAUUAAUUGUCAAUAUUAUUCAAUCAUUCUUCGCUAUUUUAAUAUCUUUUUCAUACAGUAAGAUCAAAGAUAAUACCAAUCCUUUUGGAAUUUUUAAAAAUGAUAAAGCAGUUUCGUGGAAUCUCUUCAAAAUGUUCUUGAUUACAUCCCUUACUUCGAGUAUUUCAUCACCAAUUGCUUAUAAAUCGUUAAAUCAUGUGGAUUAUUUAGUAUAUUUGUUAAGUAAAUCAUGUAAAUUAAUACCUAUUAUGAUGGUCCAUGGUGUGAUUUAUCGUACAAGAUUCCCAAUGUAUAAGAUUAUGGUAGCCGGGUGUGUUACCUUAGGUGUGUUGGUUUUCACUUUAUCCAAUACUACUAAGAAGAAAUCCAAUAAUGAUGGUGACACCUUAUUGGGUAUUAUUCAAUUGGGAAGUUCCAUGCUUCUAGACGGAUUAACAAAUAGUACGCAAGAUCAAUUGUUCAAAUAUCAGAAAACUUUAGAUAAUAAAGUUAAUAAAAUCAAUGGUAUUAUAUUAAUGUGUGUGUUGAAUACUUUCAUGAUGGUCCUCACAAUUACAUAUACUGUAAUCUUCAAAUAUGACGAGGAAAUAGUAUCAGCAUUCAAUUUUGCCCAAAGACAUCCUCAGGUAUUGAUAGAUAUCCUUACUUUUGGGAUAUUUGGAUCUGUAGGUCAAAUAUUUGUUUUCAUAAUAUUAGAGAAGUUCGAUUCCAUUAUUUUGACUACUGCUACUGUUACUAGAAAAAUGUUAAGCAUGAUAACUAGUGUAUUAUUGUUUGGUCACUCCCUCAACUUGCAACAAAUGUUAGGUGUAGGAUUAGUAUUUUUUGGUAUUGGAUAUGAAGCUUUAAUCAAAAUUAAACCAAAAGACUCCACAAACCAUGUCAAAAAAAACCAGUAA